AUGCGUCGCAGAUUCAUUCUGCGCAUCGACCUGCGCCAGGGCUCCGUCAUCGCCACCGUCGCUUCCCUCAACGAGGACAUUACGGUGUGCCUCUUCAGCUUGUUCGUCUCUGGCGACAUCACCGUCAUGGGCUUCACCGCGUCAAAGUGCGAGGCCGACGCGUUCCUGGACGACUCGUCCCUUUGGUUGCACGGCAAACUGCUCAAGGCAUUGGAUGCUGUUGGCUGCUGGGACACCACGGCGUUGUUGGAGGAGACGCCAGCAGUGUUGAUGGUUGUGGUCGACCAUCGACAGUGCAGCGUUGCAGUGUGCCACGCGGUGUUUGAUGAUGCGUUGUUGUUGUUGUCACUGCGUUGGCUCUUUGUUGACACGCACGCCUACAUUGGGACAGAGCCAAGACAUGAAGAAACGACAACAGCCCUCACACGGGCACACAGUGCUGUUGUCGUUUGCACCGUGUCUCGCGGAUGGCCUGUGUCAUGA